AUGGUUGUUGGCGAGAUUAAGGAGCGUUUAUAUAUAUCCGAGCCGAAUGGUGCUUAUGCCAUCGAAUGCUCGAAUUCACGAACUCUACGCUUUUUACUUACCAAAUUGCUAACAAUUUCUUCGUUUAUUUGUGCUGCGACAACAAAUAUUUCCACUGCCACUUAUUAUUUGCAGAAACAAAUAACAAAAACUAGUGAAAAAAUUAAUUUGCUGAUUCGUUCAAUAGGUUCACUGCAACCAGAAUGCGAAAUGGCUUACGAUUUGAACGAAGAAUUGGAAAUGAAUCAGUUGCGACUAUUUACAUUCAAAUAUCGUUUAGCAGCGAUUUAUGACGUUACUUUUCCAACGCCAUCUGUACGCUAA